CAUGAAAAAUAAAAACAUCAAUGCUGCGCCUGACCUUAAUCAAAACCUUUAAAAGAAAGUUAAACUUUGUGAAGAUAGUCAAUGUACUACUCUCUUUAACGAGAAUUCCAAUUCUGUUGAAUAAUUUCCUACCUUAUCUAAAAUAGCAUCAAAAUAUCUUAGUAAACCAUCUCUUAGAGAAAGAUUUCAAUUAAUUAAUGACACUGGAAACUUAUAAGCAAGCAAAUAUUAUUCAUUAAUUUAAAUCUUAUCAGCAAUUGACUCAUAAUUAUUAUUCCUAAAAUAAAGAGUAUUUUUAUAUCUAACUUUAGAGAGAAUCCUUAUUUUGGCCAAACAUUGUUAAAAGUUGUUAUGAUUCUACUUAAUUAUAAGUUACUACUCGACAACUUUUAGAAAUUUUAACGGUUUGGUAAUAAAGCUACAUCAUAAAUUGGGAAAAAUUUGAAAAGUAAAAUGGAAAUUAUGAACUUCUAUUCAAAUUUCCAGAUAAACAAUUACCUAAUUCACAAGAAUUGAAUUAAAGAAAAGAAUUAUUUAAAGAAAAGCUUGAAUCUUAUUUACAAUUAAAUGGAGAUUUCAUAGAGCCAUACAAAUUACCCUAAAAACCAUCACUCUCUAAUAUAAAUCUUAAAUAAGAAAAAAAUAUUUCUGGUAAAAAUGAUUGUGUAUAAUUUUGUCAAUUCAUAAACAUUUCCAGAAUCUUUUAAGAUAAUGAUAAAUCAAAUGAAUCCAAACCAAUAUCUAAUGUUUCUUAGAAAUUAAUUGAUAAACUAAAAGAAAGGAAGUUGUUAGAAAAGCAAAAAUAUGAAGAAUCAUAAGAUGACAAGUAGUAAUCCUCAAAAAAAUAACAUGUUUUAAUUGCUACUAUGUUACAUCAAUAUUAUUAAUAAAGAGAUGUAUCUAAUAUGUUCUUCAGUAAUGUACUAAAAUACAUUCAUGAACAUAAUUUAAAUGUUCUUAUGAGUAAUGAUCAAAUAAAAAUAAUCAUAAGUAUUAAUUUAAAUCUAUAUAGUGAAUCUUAUUUAAUCUGUUGAAAAUUGGCUCUAAUUAAUAGAUAAUCCAGGAGGUUAAAUUCUUAGAUUAAACAAAGAAAUUGAUUUACCAAAUAUUAUCAACUAAUUGCAAUGA